AUGGCGUCUCCAAAGUCAUCUACCAGACCAACCCAACAAAACCCAGAGCCCAAUUUCCACGAUUUCUUUCCAGCGAUGGCCGGGAAGCUAGGCGGCGAGGGGUUGAUCGGAGAACUCUGUAACGGAUUUGAGCUACUGAUGGACGGAGACAAGGUGUUAUUACGCUCGAGAGCCUUCGCCGGAACGCAGCGUCGGUGUUGUGAUAUAAGAUUGGAAUCCACCAAACUUAUAUUCACGAGAUAA